AUGGCAAAUUUACCUUCGAACGUAAAUCAUAUUGUUAUUUGGUUGGAUCAACGCUUCAGUCUUCCAGGCAGCAAUGAAAGGAUGAAAGAAAAAUUUCGACAUGUGACAAAUCCAUUAAAAACAUUUGAUAAACCAACUGUAUGCAUCGAUUUUAUUGAUUCUGUUAAAGAUAAAAAAAUAUUUUUAAUUACCACCGGUCCAUUUGCUCAAGAUUUAGUUCGAGAAGUGCAUGAUUUACCACAAAUAGAGUUCAUUUAUAUUUACACACACGAUAUUAAUGAUCAUUCUCGAUGGGUUAGACAAUAUUCUAAAAUUGGUAUUGAACAUUUAAUUAAUUUUGAUGAAAAUUUACUUGAAUGUCUCAUACACGACAUUGGUGGUUAUUUGAUGCGAGACGGUGAUAAAUGUGAAAGGGGACGGGAGUUAAUACAAGCAAAACAAUUAUAUGAAUAUGCUAAAGGUUUAUAUGAUCAAAUGAGUACAGAAAAUGAAGAAUUUAAAGAAAUUUCAAAUGAAUUACAUCAAAGAAUUACCAAAUUAUCAUCAAAAUCUCGUUUAAAAUCAUAA